UGAAUCUCUAAGGCAACAUUCCCAUUGAACAGCUAUGAGGUGAGAGAGCCUUUUCAGUUUUAUUUUAGAUUGUUAUUUUCCAGAAAUGUCUCAAAAAUAGGCUAGUAGCUAUUGUUGACUUGGUUGAAAGUACGAAAAAACAGCAAAACAGAUAAGCUGGUGAAGACUGAGUAGAUAUUAUUGUUGUAUCUUUCUUUUGGGAAAAUAGCCCAAUAAUUUAAGAGCAUUCUUUGAAAUUGUAUUGGCAAAUCAACGAAAGUGUGGCUGCUGUGCCUUGUGUGGAGCCGAGACGUCACAAUGCCAAGUAAAGCACAAGAGGAUGCUGUGAUUAACCUGAAGUCUGUCCAGGAGAUGUCCAGGGAGCUGGGGUUUGAGUGGACUGUUCUGGCCUACGAGCUGGGCUUCUCCAGGACUGAGGUUCAUCAGUUCCAUACCACAUCCACAGAGAAGACGGUCCAGGCCAGAAGCAUGCUAGAGUGCUGGUAUGAGAGAUCUUGGGACAAGUCCAACAAGACCAAGUUGCUGCAGAACGGUUUGGAGCGUGCCGGGCGCCGCGACCUGGCUGAGAGGCUGCGUUGCCUCCACUGGGGCCACCAGAAAUUGAGCCGCAGAGUGGAGCUGCCCUCCGCCUUCCCCUUCCUCAUCACUGUCCACAGGACCAUCGAGAACCGUGACGGCCUCCGCCGGAUCAAUGACCUCAGCCGCAGAUUCACCUGAGGCAUGAGAAAAAUAUGCCUUGAUACACCUGAAAACACAUGGACAUACAGAUAUACACAUUCUCUAAGCACAUGCAAACACACACAGGUAGACAUCUAUUGAUCUAUCACUGAUGAGAUGGAUGAUUGGAUUCACAUUCAAAACAGUCUGAAAAAUAUAGACAAAUAAACAGAUUUUAGAUAAUGGA